AUGAAGAUAAAGAAUUCAUCGAAAACGUCCAAAAAGAAGUUGCCAGGGUUCGAAUUCAGGGCUGACGUUCAAGUGUGCUACCGAGCUAUCUUUCCUGGCGGCCAUCGGUGCACUUCUGAGGAAGCAAACUCCUUAGUCGACGAUGCUCUCAAGGCAAAGCCGAUGGGCAUCUUCCGAAUGCUGGGGAUCACCGAUCGCCUUCUGCUUUGCUCCAGACUUGGCAGCGAGAAGAAGCCACCCUGGCCAGAUAUUCCCUAUGCCGAGAUACCUGAGGCUUACAAGUUGAGCAAUUUCACAAAGCUGGUCGUGCUUGCAGUCGAGACGUUUAGCUAC